ACGUGGAACUGUGAUACGUGGCAGUCCGGAGCGUUAGUCAGAGCGGGGUCCCUGUAGGAAUCAAAGUUUAGCAGCGCCAACAACAUCCACCAUGAACCGUCCGGGCGUUUUAUUCUUCUGCCUGCUGGCUUCUUCUGCUCUCUUAAAUCACAUUGACGCGUUCCGAGAAGAAGUGAAGAUCGAAGUUUUGUACAAGCCACAGUUCUGCCAACGGAGGAGCAAACGGGGAGACGCGCUGAAUGCACAUUGCGAUGGUUACCUGGUGGACGGGACGAAGUUUUACUGCAGUCGUGAAGACAAUGUAGGUCAUCCUAAGUGGUUUGUGCUUGGUGUUGGCCAAGUAAUAAAAGGAUUAGACAUUGGCAUGACCGACAUGUGUGAAGGAGAAAAAAGAAAACUAAUUGUACCACCUUCACUGGGAUAUGGAAUAAAUGGGAAAGAUAAAAUACCCCCUAAUGCAACCCUGAUUUUUGAAGUUGAACUCUAUACAGUGAGAAAUGGACCGCGGAGUGUGGAGUCUUUUAAAGCAAUUGAUUUGAAUGGUGAUCAACUACUCUCUGAGAAGGAGUUGAAGAUAUAUGUGCACGAAGAGUUUACAAGAGAUAACAGAAUCCAAGAUCCCUCUUACAAGGAAAAAGUUCUCUAUGAUAUUCUUCGAAAAAACGACCUCAAUGGAGAUGGCUACAUUUCUGCUAGAGAAUACAAUGUUUUCAAUCAUGAUGAGCUUUAGAAUUAUGCUAUAAAAUUGAAUUUCUAUCUAUUAAAGUGCAGUGUAUUUUUUUGAAUAUCUACAAACUUUUUAAAUGUACAUUUACUGUGAUACUGCAAUGAGCAAACAUACUGCAAAGCAUCACCUUUUUGAUGUCUAAAAUGUUUUUUAAGCCUGACAUUAUGGUUGAUAUUCACAAAAACUGAACUGCGUAACUCUCCUUUUUAGAAUUUAAAUAAUAUUGUACUGUUUUGAUCACUCAAAUAAAUAUUUUGAGCAAAUGAACUUUUGUACGUACUAUUAUAAACUGCACAUUUAAACGGAAAUGUAACACAAGAUUGUUACUCAUGUAUAUGAAGGAACUAAGUAAUAGUCAGUUCAUUCAUUCAAAAUUUUUUUCCCUUGCUGUUGGAUUAAAUAUGCAGCUGUGGGCUUUGCAGUCAUGUCAAUUGAUGGAGUUUGAGUUUGAUGAGGAUUGUUAGUGGAUUGCAAUUGGUGGGAUGUAGCAUGUGAAGAAGCAUUUUCUGACCUUAUCCAUUUGUGAGUUUAUUGAUCUUGAGAUAACACUGCAUCUAUGGUCUUGCAAUUAGCCUUCUAGCAUUAAUACCUUCUUUGGAUGUCGGGAAUUGUCUCCUGCUCCUGUGAAUAGAGGCCACUAUUUCUGCUUGGUUACACAUUACAAGAUCCCAAGUCCUCACCUGAGGUGUAUGCAGUCAGUGAAGGUAUGGGUCAUACUGGUUGCAUAUAGCAGACAUCCCACCUCUCCUGGAAGUUCCAGGAGUCUCCCGCAUAUUGAUAGUGGCUCCCUGACGCUCGGAAAUUAGAUACAAUAUCCCGGAAAUCGUUUUUUUUUUAUUUUUUUUAGAACGAGCAUCCUGAUUGGUCUCUCUUCGUGUUAAGAGUGGUCCCCAACCACCGGGCCAUGAGGAAACAAUAUGAUUUGACAAUGAGUCAGCUGCACCUUUCCUCAUUCCCUGUCAUACACUGUUGAACUUGAACGCACGUGAGGUCAUUACGCACACAUCAUCCAUGUCAGUGCGGGAAGAAGAUCAACUUCUCGAGCUUGCAAAUGACGGUGGGCUGAAAGGUAUGUUUGACAUAACAUCUUUGCCGGCAUUCUGGAUUAAAGUCAAGGCUAAAUAUCCUGAGAUAGCCACAAAAGCACUGAAAACGUUGCUUCCAUUUCCAACAUCAUAUCUCUGCGAAGUGGGUCUGCAAUGAAUGCAACGAAAACUAAAUUGCGGAAUAGACUGGACAUAAGGAACCCCCUUCGAGUAUCGCUAUCUCCCAUCGCCCCUAGAUGGGAUCGUCUCGUUGCAUGGAAACAAGCCCAGGGCUCCCACUGAUACAGCGAUAUUGGUGUGUUGCAAUGAUUUUAUAUGUUCAUAUGAGGAAAAUAUGCACUGUGUUUAAUAUCCAAACGUUACUUAAAAUGUUAUGAUGCUAUUGACUUCUAAGUGACUUAUCACUAUAUUCACGCAAGGAAAAUAUGCGCUGUGUAUUUAAUAUUAAAUUUGUUAGAUAAACCCUUUUAGAAACGAAAUUGAGUGUAUUAGCCACUUAUAACUGACUUAUAAUUGACUUAUCACCUAUAUUCCGGUCGUGAUCAACACCACCCCCCCACCCCCGGUCAGCCAGUCCGCAAGAAUAUUGUCAAUAUUAAACCGGUCCGCUGUGCAAAAAAAGUGUGGGGACCCCUGAUAGGUAGACCUAUCAGUUUUCUCUGUGGGCAGGUUUUACAGUGGACCUCAAAAAAUAAUGAGUGUUGCUCGAUGCACUGUCUGCAACAGUGAAUUUUCUAUUGCCCAUGGUGGGUUAAAAUGUAAAAGACAUGUUGAGGUGAGUUUAACAGGUGUCAUUCAUUCAUUAGCAUAGCUAACGUUAUUUAAACUAGCUGGCUGGCUGCUAAGGAGCUACGUU